UACAAGCAUGGAUAACAACAGCUCGAGAUUCAAGCAACCACAGACAUUUCACCGGAUACCGGCUGGUUGCAUGUAGGCUUUCUUCCUCGACUAUUUAAUUCAACAUGUACGUGAUAACACUGUCAUAGGUAUAAGGCAGUAAGCCCAGAGAAUUUUAUGCUUAAAGAGUUUUUGUUUUAAUUAUUAUUACGGGUUCUCCAGCACACGGCAGACCACUGUCCACAAGCACUAGGUGCAGGUACUCAAGGUGUGAUGACAUUGGGUAAUUUGUUGUGUUCUGUCACGUACAGCCGGAUACGACAUAGCAAGACAGAGAUGGGAAUGCAAUAAUGAACCAAUAGAAAGAAAUGUUUGUCUUUGUUUUUAUAACUUGUUUCUUCUUGUCUGAAAACAAUGCGGAAGAGAUUCCAGGACAUUUGCUGUAUCUAGGUUCACAUCAGCCAGCAGAGGGGACAAUUGAGGUCACUGACACAUGGCCUGAUCCAGAAACAUUUUAUAAAACCUAUGUUGAACCUGGGAAGCCACUGCUGUUUAAAGGAAAGGCCAAAGGAAUACCAGCAUAUAACCUAUGGACCGAUGAUUAUCUCCGAAAACAGUAUGGGCAACUAGAAGUAGAAGCAGAGGUGGGAAAGAAAGAAGACAGGAGAGGCAAUUUAAGAACAAUGCUUUUGUCAUCAUUCCUGGGAAAUUACCAGAAGGCGGAUAUUUACAUGGUCCAAAAUAUGCUUCCAGAAAUGAUGGGUGAUUUCCACAUCCCCAAGCCUAUCCUGUGUGGAGGGUACACUAGGUUUCUGCAGGAUGCUGUGAUCUGGUUCAGCAGUGGAGGAACAAAGUCGGUGCUGCAUUUUGACAAUAUUGACAAUAUUAACUGUCUUUUGGAUGGAUCCAAAGAAUUGAUAUUCAUUGAUAAGAAAUAUAGCCAUUUAGUGGAAAAGGAUGGUUUUAAAGAAGACGGUAGUUACAGCACAGUAGAUGUUGAAAAAGUAGACAUGGAAAAAUUUCCAGGGUUCAGAAAUGUGCCCUGGUGGACAGCUAGUAUGGAGAAGGGAGACUGUCUUUUUAUACCUUCUAGAUGGUACCAUCAUGUUUCCUCUGCUGGCCCCCGUAAUCUUGCCAUCAACAUCUGGUUCUCCCAUCUUCCUAAGUUCAAUCAGACGGACUGCAAAGAGAAGGGGGAGCUUCCAGAAUCUCUUCCUCUCAACAAGUUCACAAUUCAUUCACUUGACUCCAAUGAGCAGCCUAGGUCUGAGUUCUUAGAAAUUUUCCAUCCAUUUGAAGAACGAGAUACAAUCAGUGUGGAAGAAUAUAUGGAUGCUGUGCGGGCUGCAUACGAUGUCAAUAAUCAAGAACUGAUGGACAUGUUUGGGUUCCUGGAUAUAAAUCAUGACAUGACUCUCGACUGGGAGGAGUUGUUCACAUUUGACAUUGAUAAGUUUAUCAUGGAAUUCCCAUUCCUGUUUAACAUGACUGAAGAAGAGGAGACACAAGGACCUUUGCAUCAUGAAGAAUUAUAAACAUAUUAGGUUGUGUGACUGAAUGCCAACAGGAAAAGAAGGGCAAGCAAUUAAGUUAACAGGUCAUCUGGCUAUCUACAUGAAAGAUGCAGAAGUUUGGAUCUAAUCCAGACUUGUAUUUUCAAAAUAUAACAUAAGUGCUGAUAUCAAGGUGCUAUAGUAAUUGAAAACAUGCUCGAAUGGCACUCCUUGUAAACAAACUUUAAAAGAGUCAAAAUAACAAUUUGUAGUGAAUGAGAUUUGUAUAAUGUAAGUCACUGACUGUUUAUGGUCUUAUUAAAGUUAUUUGAGUUCACAGGCAGCAAUCAGCAUGUUAUAUAAGCUUUCUGUAUUAUCAGAUUACCUGAACAUCUUUGUGUAAAUGACCUCGUGCAUCACCUACUGUCUCAUUUUAGGCUAUCGUAGUUGUUUCCCAUUCCAAUAAAGCAGUUACUGCAGGUGUCAUGAACAGA